UUGCUGCACCUGCUUGCUACAUAUGUGGGUGGGAACUACCUUGACGAAUUCAGGUCAAGUGUUGGUCCGUGUCUACCACUGGAUCAUGCAUUGUACGAUACAUCAUUUGUUGGUGAGGUCUUGCCAAUCUUGGUGGAAAUCUCUGGAGGUACGCUCUAAGGUCCAGAGUGAACACAGCUAGAAGUUACAAGCAAGACGUUUAGCCUGUCGCUGGGGAUCCAGAGAUUGCAGUUGUAGCGUAAUCCUUGAAAUCACUUGAUCGAACCAGUAUAAAAAUGCAGAAUUCGGUGAUGGAGAUCCAAGAUGUAGUCAGGGGCUUGGUGGAGAAGCCAACGCUGAAGCGGCAGGCGGCAGUGCUCCAGAAGUACUUCACCGAGGAUGUAGAGUUUCGUCAUUUCUACAUCAACACUGGUGGAGUCCAGGAUUUGACUGCGAUCUACCAGAUGGCUGAGCUCGUUGUGAACUACCAGAGUCUGGAGUUUGAGAACAUCAUCUACGACAGCCGGGAGAAUGCCAUGGCUAUCAAGAUGACGGUGAUGGUGAAGCCCUUGUACAUACUGCCUCAAGUACCACUCAGGCUCUGUACUCUACUUGAAUUCCAAGACGAGAAAGUCCAGGGAGGUCCGACGUUGAAGAAGAUUAUGGUGCAGAGAGAUUACUUCGAGCGGUCACCUAUUUUGAUUUUCAUUCCAAUCCUUGGAAGGAUCUACGAUUCCAAUUCCAUCUGAACCUUGGUCGGUAGCGUUCAGGCUGCGACGUUUGAUGUACUGAAGCAGGGUUUUAACGUCAUCUUCCCCGGGCAGUUCUGGCAUGGCCUCCUGGACUUCAUGAGUAAUGAGCAUCUAUUCUAAAGUAUGACUUAAAAAUUCCUGAACUUAUUUCUUCUUCACAGGAUCGACUUUGAUCCACAUUUGCAUACGACGGAUCAUCAACUUGUUGAAGAUUAGUUUUCGAUGUUAUAAUACUAGGAAUAUGUAGAAUCAGUAACUUUUCAUUUCAUUUCUUUGUAGUGAAAACAGUAGACCACCUUGCUUCAACUGUUCAUCGCUUUUUCGUAACCCUUCUGGAUAGAAGCGGAACAUGGUUCUGAUUACGCACGAUGCCGAGCGUAAUCGGAAAAUGGUGGCAAUUUAUAUUAAAUCCAUAAGACGAUGACUCAAUCAA